CGCACCCUCCCGGUUGCCGUGUGGAUGCGGCCCGGGGUGCCUGGCUGCGCGGGUGGCGAGAGCAGAUGCUGAGGGGCCGGAGGAGGAUGGAGUGCACCCUCGAUGCGCAGAGUUUGAUCAGUAUUUCCCUGCGGAAGAUCCACAGCUCCCGCACGCAGCGAGGCGGCAUCAAGCUCCACAAGAACCUGCUCGUCUCCUAUGUGCUCCGCAACGCCCGGCAGCUCUACCUGAGCGAGCGCUACGCCGAGCUCUACCGCCGCCAGCAGCACUACCCCGACGGCGCCCCGCUCCUCGCCAUGCCCGCCUGCCCGCCGCCCGCCGCCGCCGCCGCCCCGCCGGAGCUGGCGGCGCUCCCGCUGCCCGCCGACACGCAGGACCGCGAGGCGCGGAGCUGCGCGGCGGUGCGGGGCGGUGCGGAGCUGCUGGAGGUGCCGGUGUGCGCGGCGCCCCCGGAGCUGCAGCGAGCGCCUUGCAGAGACUCGUCCCCGGGCUUCUACCGGGCCGCCGGCAGCGCCGGUCCCGGCGGCGGCGGCGGCAGCGCGCCCCCAGGGCUGCUCUACGCCGCCGGCUGUGACUUCGGGAGCGGCGGGGCGCCGCACUGUAGCAGCCGCACCACGGUGCUGGAUUUGGACACUCACGUCGUGACCACGGUGGAGAACGGGUACUUGCACCAGGACUGCUGCUCGCAGUGCCCCUGCUGCUGCCAACCGGCACCGGGGCUCGCCUCCCCGCCGCCCACGCCGGGCACCAAGCGCAAGUAUUACCCGGGGCAGGAGGAGGAAGAGGAGGGGGUGGAGGAAGGGGAGCCGGGGGGAGGCGGGGUGGCGGGCGGCCCCCCCUUCGCCCCGUGCACCAAACGCGCCCGUUUCGAGGAGUACAGCGCCGAGCACCCCCAGGACUCUUCCAACAUCUCCAACUUGAUCUCCAUCUUCGGCUCCGGUUUCACGGGGCUGGUGAGCCGGCAGCAGGCGGACUCGGAGCAGCCCCUCAACGGGCAGCUGUGCAGCAAGCAGGCGCUGGCGAGCCUGGGAGCCUGGACUCGGGCCAUCGUCGCGUUUUAGAGAGGAGCGGGGAGCAAAAGGGA